CUAGACAGACCUGACCCCCAGCCACAGAGAACACCGUCUGCAGAGAGAGAAGACCAAACUACUGAGCUCUACCUCAGAGAUAUCCAGGAGAGACCAGAACUAAAGACUCAGGACUAGACCCAGAAUCCAGGACCCAACACCUAGGACCCAGGGCUCUUUAACUAGGCCCAGGACUCUGACCCAAACCCAACACCCAGACCCAGGACUAGACCCAGACAUCCAGGACCCAACACCUAGGACCCAGGGCUCUUUAACUUGGCCCAGGACUCUGACCCAAACCCAACACCCAGACCCAGGACUAGACCCAGACAUCCAACCCCAGAACCAGGGAGAGACCAGGGUACUCUGACCCAUAAAGGAUCUAGGAGCGGGUUCUGUUACACAGGAACUCUCCAUACCCAGCCAUGCCUGCCCCUGGAGGAACAGAUCCUAAGGGGGAGGAUUUCUCCACUGCUAUCCUGAAGCAGAAACACAGACCCAAUAGACUGGUGGUGGAUGAAGCCCACAAUGAAGACAACAGCAUCGUCAGCCUCUCACAGGCGAAGACAGAGGAGCUGCAGUUGUUCCGUGGCGACACGGUGGUCCUGCGGGGGAGGAAGCGGCGUGAGACGGUGUGUAUCGUGUUGACAGACGACACCUGUCCAGACGAACGCGUCCGCAUGAACCGCGUCACACGCAACAACCUGAGGGUACGCCUCGGUGAUGUCAUCAGUGUCCAUGCAUGCCCAGAUGUGAAGUACGGCGUGCGUAUCCAUGUCCUGCCGAUAGAUGACACCAUCGAAGGGUUAACGGGAAACCUGUUUGACGUCUUCCUGAAACCCUAUUUCUUGGAAGCCUAUCGGCCUGUACACAAAGGCGACAUCUUCCUGGUGCGAGGGGGCAUGCGGGCAGUGGAGUUCAAGGUGGUGGAGACAGACCCCGCCCCCCACUGCAUCGUCGCCCCGGAUACCGUCAUCCACUGCGAGGGACAGCCAAUCAACAGAGAGGACGAGGAGGAGAGUCUGAAUGAUUGACAGAAUGUUCUCCCU